UCAGAUAUCAGCUGUCAACGACCCUACAAAUUUUUUUGCUUAUUUACUCAACGAUUUUUGCACUUUUCUUCGGUGUAUUUGUAUUGUAAUUUUAUGGAAAUUAUUUAGACCAAAAACUGCAAAUGCUGUUCGUACGCUGCAAUCAUAAUCGCUCGAAAUAAUACACAAAAAUAAAAUAUUUUUAAGUGGAAAUGUCAAGCUGGAAUAGCAUUUGUCGUGUAUGUACCAGUCCUGCGGAAUAUGAAAUUUUUGAGAAGAUACCAGCGUAUCUGCAUGCCAGUUCCAAUGAGUUUCUAAAUUGGCAGAAAAACGUAAAUGUAUUGCUGGAAGAGACAACAGGGCUGAAGUGCUCCGAAAAUGAUGGUUUGCCAAAUAAGAUCUGUGCACUUUGCAUUUCCUACCUGAAACAUGCAGUAUUUUUUCGUGAACAAUGCAUUAACAACGCUUUGACUUUAAAAGCCAUAGCCCAGAUGCGACAACAAAGCCAAAAGAACAAUUCCAACAAAAGAAAUUUAGAUAAAGAAAACGUUUUAAUAACUGAGCAAGACUUGAAUUUUACAUAUGAACGACACGUAGACACUAAUCUGCUUAACAGUAAUAUAUCCCAAGAUCAAGAUAAAGUUUGUAAACAAUUGCUAAAUAACAACUUUCAAGCAAAUGCAUCGGCGCAACAAAAUAUCGAACAGCAGUUACGAUAUCUAAAUUUACUUUUCAACAAAGACUCGAAUUCCGGUUUACAAGCUCGUAAUCGCAGAAAUGAUGGCGCCGGUUUAGACUUUGAUAUAGCCAGUGGUGAUCCUUAUGCUGAAGAAGAGUUUCCAUCAGCAACAUCGAGUGAUGAAAAUGAGGCAAGUGAAAUCACACCGAAGCACAGCAUUUUUUCAUACAAAGAAAAGAAUUUCGAAGAAGAUGAUAUUAUGGACAUUGACGAGUUGCGGGAUGCUAUUACAAUAAAUAUACCUGAAAGUUGUAAAGAACGUAAAUGUCGAGCAUGUUCCAGGCGCUUUAUGUUUGAGGAUUCAUUUAAUGAACACAUGAGCACAUGCAUAGAAUACAAAUUUCUCACUUAUAUUGAAGAAAUCAAUAAACUUUUAUACAUACGUCGUAAUAAAGGCAUUUCCCCUCAUGAAUUUGUGCGACGCAUGAUCUUCUGUAUACGAAAGACUUGCGAGUGGCUGAAGAAAGCGAAUUGUGGUGAUAUGUUGCUACCCGAUUUAGUACAGAAUGGUAGCAAUGCGGAGGAGAACAAUAAGACUCGUUUGGAGAGCGAAGGUAAAAGCUCUGCUGCUUCCUCUGGCGAACAGAAGCUUCGGACUACGCAGACAGCUUCCGCCGAAAAGUCUCGUAAGCGCUAUGAUUUGCCAAAGCAUGAUAAAUUGACUGAUUUACUAACCACAACGAACUCAAAUGCAUGCGAAAAAAAUGCCACAAAUAAUGAUGUUGUAACCGAAAGUAGUUUAGUUGAAAAACGAAAGACAGAACGUAACAGUACUGGCACACCUAUAACAAUAAGUAACAAUAUUUUAUAUGAAAUAGAACGCUCUCAAAGUCGUAGCUCAAAUCUUUUACCACUUUUGGAUCUUGAAAUGGAUUUGGAAGUUAAAAAACCCAUCGCUAUUUUGGCUGCUAGAAACAGCACGACCAAUGUCACAACAUAUGCUGCCCCCAACAACUAUGCUGCCAGUGGUGGCAAUGUUGGCAAGGGACUUAAAGAUUCAACCGAACGUUUGACAUUCCUCCAAAAACUACAGCAAGCUGCCAACCAACAAUCACCAACAUUUGUGAAUGCCGCCGCAACACCAGCUACGCCGCAAAUAAGUGUGCGCAAAGAUUUGAUGACCGCAACGCCAAGCAACAGGCAAUAUACAACAUCACCAAUCGCAGUUACACCAAAAUCCAUUCCCAUCACACCGUUGCCUCGAAAUGUUAGCUUCAGUGCACGUUGCAAUCCGUGCAACCUACUCUUCGAGACACUUGCAGCACUCGAAGUACACAAUGCAAUGUAUCACAAUCAUAUGCCAGUGUAUCAGGCGAAACCGCCAGCAGCAACGCUGCUAGACGAAGCGGAAAGAGAGGCUGAACGCAAACGUAUUAUUGCACUUUUUGAAGACGAAGAUGACGAAGGAGAAUUAGAGUGAAUUUGGUAUGAUUGCAUUAGCUUUUUAUUUAGUUGACCGACUUCUUUAUAAGCUGAAAUUAGGAAGUAAUAUUGUUCAGUUCACUGAAUUUUGUUUUCACUUUCAUCAACAAAUAUCGCUUGCGAUACGCUUUAUUUCAUAAUCAUUUGCAUAUUAUUAAGACAAACAACUUAAUAUAACUUCACUCAAAUAUAUAUUUUUGCCCAUUUGUUAGGUGUUAAAAUAUUGAAAUUUCCUUAAUUUGUAUUAAUUAUUUUGUGAUAUAGCGUCUGACAAAAGUUCAUCUUUAAAUUGUAAACAAAAAAUCAUUUUAAUUAUUGUAUAGCAUAGAACCAAACUCUCCCCAUUUUAUUUAUGAGGAUUUUAUUUACUGCCGACCACUACAUACAAAUGUACAUACAUGAAUAUCAACGUAUUACAUCCAAAUUAUUGUAAUUAUCGCCAUAACUUAAACAAUAAACUUACCUUAAAAGCCUCUUUGAGGUGACCAAAAAA